UUUUUCAUUGGUAAAGAAGAAACCGCCACUUUAAUCAACGGCCUCAAAAGUUGACACAUCUCUAAAACCGCUAAAGGCACUGUGGCUCUUCCAGGCCGUGUGGCGUGUCCCCGAGAUUCAUAUACACAAAACGUGAAACGCUAAAAUGAGCUUUAGAAUUGACCAACGGAUACACGUUAUAAUACGCAGCGUUUCUUUCCCUUAUGCCAUAGUGUAACUCCGCACCAGGUCUCUCCCAAGUUUUCCAGAUCAAUCUGAAGAAGAAAUAAACGCAACAGAAAAAUGCCUCAAACAUCAUAGCUCAUAGGCGUUUCUAUUUGUUAUUGAAUCGUAGGUAGAUGGCUAGACAGGGUGUUACACUAAUGUGUUAUUGGAAUGGGAGGAUGACAAAUGGACCACAUGGCAUUUCUUAUGAAGGUGCUGCACCAAAGCCCAUUAGAGUCAGCUAUGGAAUAACACACAAUGAGUUGCUGGAUAAGAUUUAUAGGGUUACAGGGUUUGACAAAUGCCGAAUUAAGCUAAAGAUCACUUGCAGGUAUCCAGCAUGUAGGGAGUACAUACCUGUUCCCAUAGACGAUGAUGAGUCUAUUGAUAUCAUGUUUGAUGUGGCACGAAAACCUGGAACGAACUGUAUGGAGUUGUAUUUGGAAAGAGACCCCGUGUGCUUUGAAAAUCAAGUAAAUGUCACUGUGCCGGUCUGUACUAAUAAACAAACACCAGUAGUAGUAAAAGCCACUCAAGAUGCCCAAGUUGACAGCUUUCUGGAUCCAGGACCAGUAGACAAGACAGUGCUUGUGCUGCAAGAUCAGCACAGAUCCGGAGCCAUAUGGGCAGGAGAGGAUCCUGGUGUUUUGACUUGCAGACAGAGGUUGGCCACAAUGAUGCGGGAGUGGCAAUUGGAUUCAGGUGUUCUUCGGUUUGUCAUCCAGUCUGGCUUUUAUGGGGUAUACAGGAUUGGAUUUAUGCAACUUGAUUGGCCCUUAAUCACUGCAUUGGUUGAGAGAUGGCGACAGGAGACCCACACCUUCCAUUUUACUGUGGGUGAGAGCACUGUCACGCUGCAGGAUGUAGGAGUGUUGUUAGGUCUUCGAAUAGAUGGUCAUGCAGUGACUUGUAAUGCUGACCUCCAAUGGGAUGAUCUCUGUGAGGAACUCUUAGGGGUCAGACCAGAUCGUAGUUUUCUUCACGGUUCAGCACUCAAGCUUAGUUGGUUACGAGCUCAUUUCCAGAAGCCUCCACCAGAUGCAGACGAUCUAACACUGCAGCGGUAUGCUAGGGCAUAUAUCUUAGGAUUGAUGGGUGGUGUUCUCUUCACAGAUAAAUCUGGAGCUGAUGUUCAGCUGAUAUUCCUACCUCUGUUGAGGGAUUUUAAAUAUACUGAACAAUUGAGUUGGGGCAGUGCUGUACUAGCACACUUAUAUCGUGAGCUUUGUCGAGCUAGUAAAGCGGGGGCUAAUGAGAUUGCUGGACCGCUUAUAUUAUUGCAGUUGUGGGCAUGGGAGCGAUUGCAAAUUGGUCGCCCUGAGAGACUUGGCGGCCAAGUGCAGGAUCCGAUUAUACGAGAUAGUGAGGACGUAGGGGAUGUGGCACCGUUUGUGAGGGAUGCAAAAGUAGAUGAGGAGCAAUUCCCUGCUGAUCCAUUAGGAUGCAGGUGGAUGUCUCCUGUAAUUCGUAGAGACAAUCCUCUAAGGGCAUUAAUAUUUUACAGGGACCAGCUUGAUCAACAGGCAGAUGAUGAGAUGAUAUGGCAGCCAUACACUCCUGAGCGAGUUGCAUUGCUACCAGACGUAUGUGUCAGAGACCAGCAUGUGUGGCAGACAAUUACUCCAGUAAUUUGCUUUGACAUUGUUGAGUGGCAUCGUCCUGAUCGAGUUCUGCGUCAAUUUGGUCUCCAUCAAGGUGUCCCUGAACCUUGUGAUACAGAGGUGAAACUCCAUUCAAUUGAUAGGCGGGGGAGACAUCACUACGAUUGGCAGGCAUAUCACGGACAAUAUAUACAACUAUGGGAAGCUCGUGAAGUGAUUAUUGCAGUGGGUGAGCCAGAGGAGCACUCAAUGCAUUAUCAUGAUCCAUACAUGGAGUGGUAUCGUAAAAUUACACGCUGCUUAAUUACUCCUCUCACACAAAGGUCACAUAAGCGAUUUCAGCCUUCAAGUGGGACAACACAUCUAUUAGUCCAGAGCUUGACCGCAAUCCAUAAUCAAUGUACUACAGUACUUGGUGCCUUUACCAGUGACAGUGCAAUGCAAGCAAUGAAAGAUAUCCAAAUCAUGUGCAUCCGUGUCUUACAGAUGAUUGGUGAGACCCGACACCUUGAGACAAGACCAGCUCCUACACCAACCACGGCUGCAGCAGCAUUAUUUCCUUCACAUACAAAUGACAUGGAGGGGCCAUUACAGCGCACCCAUGAGAAUGUUGCACCUCUACCAGCAACAAUCCCAACCACAAGUGAAGUUUCAUCACUUCGAGGACGAGGCAGAGGAAAAAGUCAAGGUAGAGGACACCGCAGACCACACAAAAGCACAGCUGCAGUUGCAGCGGCAUCGCCAUGUUCAUUUCCAGCACAAUCAACAGCUCCAUCAAAUGAUGAUGAUUUGGAGGGACCGUACCUGGAUCGGGAGAUGGCAAUACUGCCAGCGGAAUCAAUCUAUGCGUUAGAGGGUGAGAAAGAGGCGGAGACAGCAACACCACCACAAUCAGAACCGAUGCACCUGCUAGAGGAUGAGAAGGAGGUGGAAACAACAGCACCGCCAUCAUCAGAAUCAAUGCAUAUGGUAGAGAGUGAGAAAGAGGUAGACACAGCAGAAUCACCAUUUUCAGAACCAAUACACCCGUUUCAGAGCAAGAAAGAGGUGGACACAGCAGCACCUCCACCACAAGAUGGCCCUGAGGGGUUAGUAGAACUCACUGAGGAGGUGCCUAGCCAUUUGACCAGACCAAAAAAGAAGAAGAAGUCCAAUGGAGGGGCCUAGCAUCAUUUUUUGGCUCCUAUUGAUGGCAGGAUGUAAUUAUUGGUACAUUUUGGAAAAUGACUAUUAUUGUAACAUAAUCGUUGAGUAGCUUAUACAGAAUGUCAAUUUAACUUUUUU